AGACUCAGGCCGGUCCCCGCGCCGAAGCCGGACUCGAGCUCGGCCGGCCUCCCCCGCCGCCCGAGGGCUGCGCGCGGCCCGCGGGCCUCGUCGCCCGCGUGGAUCGCCGCGGCCCGGCCGUCCCGUCCCAGGAAGUGGCCGUCUUGACCGCCAUGGCUCAUUCCCCGGUGCAGUCGGGCCUGCCCGGCAUGCAGAACCUGAAAGCAGAUCCAGAAGAGCUUUUUACAAAACUGGAGAAAAUUGGAAAGGGCUCUUUUGGUGAGGUGUUCAAAGGCAUUGACCUUCGGACUCAGAAAGUGGUUGCCAUAAAAAUCAUUGAUCUGGAAGAAGCUGAAGAUGAGAUAGAGGACAUUCAACAAGAAAUCACAGUGCUGAGUCAGUGUGACAGUCCAUACGUAACGAAAUAUUAUGGAUCCUACCUGAAGGACACUAAAUUGUGGAUAAUAAUGGAAUACCUUGGUGGAGGCUCUGCACUAGAUCUAUUAGAACCUGGCCCUUUAGAUGAAACUCAGAUUGCUACUAUAUUAAGAGAAAUACUGAAAGGACUUGAUUAUUUGCAUUCGGAGAAGAAAAUUCAUAGAGAUAUUAAAGCUGCCAACGUUCUGCUCUCUGAACACGGAGAGGUGAAGCUGGCCGAUUUCGGGGUGGCAGGGCAGCUGACAGAUACCCAGAUCAAAAGAAACACCUUCGUGGGCACCCCCUUCUGGAUGGCGCCUGAAGUCAUUAAGCAGUCAGCCUACGACUCCAAGGCAGACAUCUGGUCCCUGGGCAUAACAGCCAUCGAGCUCGCAAAAGGGGAGCCCCCUCACUCCGAGCUGCAUCCCAUGAAGGUUUUAUUCCUCAUUCCAAAGAACAAUCCCCCAACGCUGGAAGGCAACUACAGCAAAGCCCUCAAGGAGUUCGUUGAAGCCUGUUUGAACAAGGAGCCAAGCUUUAGACCCACUGCUAAGGAGUUACUGAAGCACAAGUUUAUAAUACGCAACUCAAAGAAGACCUCCUACCUGACCGAGCUCAUCGACAGGUACAAGAGAUGGAGGGCCGAGCAGAGCCACGAAGACUCCGGUUCUGAAGACUCAGACACGGAAACAGAUACCGACAGCCAGGCGUCUGGAGGCAGUGACUCUGGGGACUGGAUCUUCACUAUCCGGGAGAAAGAUCCAAAGAAUCUUGAGAAUGGAGCCCUUCAGCCUUCAGACUUAGAAAGGAAUAAGAUGAAAGACAUCCCAAAGAGGCCUUUCUCUCAGUGUUUAUCUACAAUUAUUUCUCCUCUGUUUGCAGAGUUGAAGGAGAAGAGCCAGUCGUGUGGCGGGAACACGGGGCCCAUAGAGGAACUGCGCGGGGCCAUCUACCUGGCGGAAGAGGCCUGCCCUGGGAUCUCGGACACCAUGGUGGCCCAGCUCGUCCAGCGGCUGCAGAGAUAUUCUCUAAGUGGUGGAGGAACUUCAUCCCACUGAAAUUCCUUUGGCAUUUGGGGUUUUGUUUUUCUUUUUUUCCUCUUCAUCCUCCUCGUACAAAGUCAACGAGAGCCUUUGCUGACUCGGCUGCAGUGGUGCGCCAUCCGGGGGCCGUCCCCCCACCCCGUGCCGCCCGUUCCGGGGCCCCGCGCCGCCCUUUCUCCCGGCCUGCACCGCGUGAAGUCUCCGGGGGGUGGGUGGGUCAGGUCGGCUCCUUCAAGCGAUCAUUUUAUUUUAUGGUUCUUGUUCUUAAUUUUAGCCAGUGUGCACAUAUCAAGGAAAGUGUCUUUAAAAACAAAAACAGGCCCUGAAAUGUAUAUGUGGGAUCACGAUAAGGCCACAUCCGAAAUGAAACCUCAGGUAUCCUGCUUUAAGUUGAUCACUCCCCUCCCCGGGAGAUGGGGAAUCGCUCUGGUGGGUCAGUGUACAGAUUGUAUAUAGUGUCGUUUUUACGGAAACCCUUCUGGCGUGUGUCAGGAGUCCCCGUGUACAAAUUGGCCGAGUGCUUCUGUAGAUAAUGUCAGUGGAGUAAAUAUUUGACAGGCCGUAACUCGAGUCUCUUGCCUUGCCUUUAUUACAUGUAAAUUUUGAAUUAUGUGAUCAGUGAUUUGGGUUUUCUUUUGUAUCUGCAGGGUUUGCCAUUAAUGAUAAUAAGCACCCCUCCCGCGAACACUCUUUGUACCUCCACACACGCACACCGCCCUCUCGUCUGCCCGACAGCCCUCUUGGUCCCCGUAGAGGUUGAUUUCAUUUCAUUUGAUGGUACUAUUUCUUAGUGUUUUAAAUCGGAACAUAUCUGGCCUCAUGAAGCUUUAAUUAUUUUAAGUUGCUCCCCGAUGAAGUGCUCUCGUCUUAACAUUUGUUUGAAAUUGUGCCACUGCCAGCCCCGCGCCCGCUGCACCGUCCUUUCUGGUAGGAUCUCCUGUCGCUCCUUGUGAAACCCGCGUAUCAUCCUGCCCACCUACAAGUGUCUGAAUGCUUACAUGAAUAAAUUUUAUAACGCACUUGUUCUGCAGUGUGACUCUUGAAACGUGACUCUUCAGAGGGCAGUGCACCUGUCGUGGAGGUGUGUGAGUGUGUGUGUGUGAGUGUGUGUGAAGAGGGUAAGACAUUUCAGCGCUUCCAGAAAGAAGAGCCCACCGUGAACCUGCCGCAUGUCCAGGUCUGCUCCCUCUGCACCGUUCAGACAAGAUUGGUCAUUGAGAAGGUAGAGCUAAAUAUUGCUCAUUGUCAAAUCGCUCUCUCUUCCCAGGGACCUUAAGGGUUGUUUUGUUCUCUUCAAGGAGCCCGGGUCUGCUCUUUGUCAGCCGGAGGGGUCCGUAUUUUUCUGGGCUUGUGGCAGGACCUGGCUUUGCCAAGGUGGGAGGCAGGAGGAAAAAUUUCUGGGUCUCUGGGAUGGGACAUCGAGUUCCUGCAGUAAUACUUGACCAGGCGCACGUGGCACUGUUCUGCGUUUGUUGAUACAAAUCGUUGUCCUCUCUUGCUGGCGUAGCAGUUCUCCAAGGGGAAGACACAGGAUUUUGGGAGCAAGGAAGGUACCGGGUAAACUUUGGGAUGGAAGGUCUGGUAGGUGCCGACACAGCGGCCUGGAAGUUCCAGGGAAGAGCAGAGGCCCUGGGCCGGAAACGUUUGGGCGUGUGCUGCUUGUCUAGAGGUGCUAAUGGAGUGUAGAUUUCAGAGUCUAAAAUUAAAUCAUGAUUUUUUAAUUAGAAAUGGAAUGAUUGAUUUCUACGAGGGAUGCAUUUUGGUGGGGGGAAUAGAACUGAAUGAAUUGCUGACUCUCUGUGUGGGUUUCUGCAUCAGGAAUAUUAACUUGGGUGACAGGACUUGAGAAUGUUUCAUUCCGUGUUUCAACAGAAUGUUUUGUACGAGCAAACAGUUUGUUUCCCUAUGUGAGGCAUAAGCCAAAGAUCCGUUUUGUCCACCGCAGGAGAAUCGCUCAAAGAAGCGAAGCGGUGUUCCCCGGGAGUGGGCGGCUUGUCUGAUUGUCAGCCAGCCGGUGCAGACAGCAGCUUUGCAGGUGGACAGUGACCUCAGGAUCACACGCAAAGCCAGUCUCAGAUGGAAGCGGUGGUCCUGCUGACUGGGAGACUGGAUUAUUCCGGUGAAGCGAAUCGGUGUGAAGGGUCAGUACGUGUUCCAGUCGCUAGACCGUAACACACCGAGCCGUCUCCCAGGCAAAGCAGAUUAGUCUUGUAGACCUUAAGUGAGUGUCUUCUGUUGAUUGAGCUUCUGGGGGGAUAUGGGGUUUGGGAGGGUGUGAAAAGUGGCUCUCUUCCCCACGUUCUGGCUGGCCGCUUUCUGUGCACACACAAGCUGAGGUCUGUGCCUCUGAGGGCAUGUGGGACCUGUGCCCCCUCAAGGGCCUUGUGAGCGGGGGAGGCCGGCGCUGGCGGAGCCACUUCAGUCUUUGUAGGACCAGGGACCGGAGCUACAGUGGAACCCGGCUCAGACAACAUCACCUCUGCUGCCCAUUAGACCCUCGAGCCCAGCGUCCAGGAUGGAUUUGCUAGCUUUUGGAGGCCUGUUGAUGCCAAGGCCCUGUGGCCACAGCUUGUCCACUUACAGACUGUAGACGGCCGCGGCGCGCCUAGCGUGGGAGAGGCCUUCGUGGAACCCAGCGGCUGCCUUUUGGAAACAGGCAGUGGGCUGUGUCCGGCUGGGUUUUUACGCCUUCUCGAAAUCGUCUUUUGUGCGUCCCUGCUGGCCGCGCUAAUAAGCAAGGUAGCCGCGACUAUCUCGAUGUAACCACAUGCCACACACCUGAAUCCAACAGUUUUGUUGUCCAGUUAGUCUUGUGAAGUGUCUAGUUCAUUCUUCACGUGGCAUUUGUACCUUGCUUUUGGCAAAACGUGGUCCGUUUAUAAACAUUUUUAUAUUUCCUUAAAAAAAAUAUGGCUUCUAUAUUUCUGCUAUAAAACAUGGCAAUAAAUGGGGAGAGUACUGCAGGGUGUGUUAAGCACAGGUACUGUAUCCUGCAAGGGUCAAUAAAGUUCACAGAAAA